AUGUCGGAAUUAGUGCUGCCCGGGGACUCCCUUGGUAUACACGACGGUGUGCCCGUCAUCCUGGGACCCGGUGUUUCAUGCGAUCCAAUGACUCAGGAGGUUAUUCCAGUGAACGCAGGGGUCCGCCAUUACAUUGAGAAGAAGAAUACUGUUUAUGUGGAUUAUAAUGCCAAAAGGUACAUCCCAGCUGUGGGGGACCUUGUCAUCGGCACCAUCGUGAGCACGUUUGCUGACAGUUACAAAGUGUCCCUGUCCGAUUUCAGCGCCAGCGUGUCCCUCUCCUACAUGUCGUUUCCGAACGCUACUAAGAAGAAUAGGCCGACUUUGCAAGUAGGGGACUUGGUGUACGCCAGGGUUUUGACUGCCGAGAAAGAACUCGAGGCGGAGAUUGAAUGCAUGGACUCUGUCACGGGUGUACACGCAGGGUUUGGCCUACUUGAGAACGGAAUGGUGAUAUCGGUACCGCUGUCAUUUGCACGUACACUGCUCUUCAACGACACUUUCCCGUUGCUCUCGACACUGGCUCAGUCGUGCCAAUUCGAGAUCGCAAUCGGCAUUAACGGGAGGAUAUGGGUCAGCACGGAUAAAAUUGAGAAUACGCUCGCUUGUUACCGAUCUUUGAAUUUAUGCGCCAAAACUAACGACUCUUCUAAAUUCAAGCAGAUAAUAAAAGAACAGUUCAAGUUGGCUGCCAACGUAAUCGAGGAAUGA